AGAACAGGUCCAAAUUUAUUUGUUUACAGUUGGAAAAAAAUAAUCCGGCGGCAUUGAGAGUAAUUGUAAAUUAAAAAACAAAACAAUAUUUGAUGGCUGCAUCACGUUCCCGCCGCAACAAUGCUGGCAACAAGAUUGCCAAGCUGCUGGACGAGGAAGAGGACGAGUUCUAUAAGACUUCGUAUGGCGGAUUUCAGGAUGAAGAAGAUGACAAUGAAUAUGUACAAAAAGAUGAAGAAGAGGAUGUCGUGGACUCCGAUUUCAGUAUCGACGAACAGGAUGAACCUGUAUCUGAUCAGGAGGAUGCACCAGAAAAGAAACGCAAACGUGGUGGCGUUAACACUAAGGCGUAUAAGGAACCGGCUAAACCAACUGCCAAGAAGGACACGAAAGUCGUAGCUGCGCUUCACAGAAAACGUGGUGGUGGAGGCGUAGUCAAACGUAGAGUUCGUCCUCGUUUUACAGUACAGGACUCUGGUCGGAAAUCUAUACGUACAUCUACUGCCAUUAAAACACAAGCUACAAAGAUACGACUCAAGGAGCUGGACGAUGCUCGCAAGCGUAAGAAGAAAAAGGUGCGAGUGGAGGAUUAUAUGCCCACGCAAGAAGAACUUCUUGAGGAAGCCAAAAUCACUGAGGAGGAAAACAUCAAGUCGCUAGAGAAGUUCCAGAAAAUGGAACUUGAGAAAAAGAAAACACGCCCAACCAAACGAGUUUUCACGGGCCCAACUAUACGGUAUCAUUCACUGACAAUGCCCGUCAUGCGUAAGCCUACACGCACCACCACGCUGCCCCACGAUCCCAAAGAUCCGGCAUCAAAAUGCGAGCGUACAUUUGUAACCAUAGAAAAUGAUUUCAAUGAUAAGGCUUUCCAUGCGAUUUUCCGACCGAAACGGGCACCCAAAAGCUCUAGUGGAAUCUGCCCAAUUACCAGACUCCCAGCGCGCUACUAUGAUCCAGUCACUCAACAGCCCUACUACAGCAUUCAAGCCUUCAAGAUACUGCGUGAAGCGUACUACAUGCAACUGGAGCAGCAGAAUAGCGGCAGCGAACCACCCGAGUUAGCUAAGUGGAUGGAGUGGCGGAAAUUGGUCAAGGAGAAUCGACAGAAGGCGGCAACCUCAAUUAAAAAUGCCAAUAAUUAAAGAAAUUUGAAAGAUAUAAGUUUAACAUCAACUAUUUAAUAAUUAUUAGUUGAUAAUCUGUAUCCCAAUUCAAUGUAUGUGUCGAUUUGGAUCUUUGUUCAAUGAAAAAAUGUGCAUUUAAAGUGGCUAUCAUAUUUAUUUAAUAGUUUUCUAAUCGAUCUACAUCAAAACAUACAAAAUCGGGCACAUAAUGGAAAACAACUACUCGUACAUAUGCGUACUAAUAUAAAACUUAGCA